AGAAAGAGAAUUGCUAGUUCAUUAGGGUAGAAACAGUUCUCGAUCUCGUUUGUAUCGUGAGAUUUUAUCCUGGCUUAGUGAAAUUCGUCCUCGGGAAUCAACUGUUUCCAGUUCUUGUUCUUGAGUUUUCCUUGAAUAUCUUGUCUGGAUAGAUCGGGUCCUGACUAGUGACAAGAGCUCGUGAGCCUCCCUACGUGGCAAAUUGAGCUCCGGGAGUUCGGGGACGGGCAGCACCGCAGCAGCUCUCACCGUCACCUCCGAGAAGCUAGCAGCAGCAGCACCCACCGAGCAAGCUAGCAAUCAUAGCAGACCCGCCAGUGCUGCAUCUCGUCUCUGCUUCUCUCUUUCCCUUUGCUCACCUCUCCAAUUGUCAAAGCCAGCUUUUUCCCUGUUCUGAAUUUCCUCCUAUCCAAGCAGUUUGAGCUCCUUCCCCUCUCUUUCUUUGUCAAUCCUGUGCUGCUCCCCCACCAAUCCAAGCACGAUAGCCACCAUCUUCCAUCUAGCCCUUCCUUGGCUCCUUGCUUGAGCACGAGCAGAGCAGCGCAUCAUAAUAAAAUCCACCACCAAUCACCUCCACCUGCAAGCUAUGGCGGGUCUGAGCAUAUGCGCCAUGGGCUAUGCGCCAGCAGGAGUGUACCGCUGGGGAGCUGCCCUAGCCGCGCGUGGCUGCUCCGCCGGCCCGCUGGGGAGCCGCCCCGGCCGCGGGGGUGCGCCGCCGCCUCGCAGGAAAGCCGCCCCGGCCGCGCGUGGCCGCUCCGCCAUCGCGCGUGGCUGCUCCGCCAGCCGCGGGGGAGCUGCCCGCCUGCCCGGCCACGCCAAAACACUGCGCCGACACGUCCCACGGCCGUGCAAGCCAGAGGGCGCUGCUCCGCCGCGUCAAGCGAGGGAAGGACGUGGAGUUCGUCCAGCCAAGAUCCCCUCCAUGCGUUUCACAAACGAACCUGUGGAGGAGUUUCCUGCCCACAUGGAUACUCUACAGAUCUUCUCAGUGAAACUUGCUGCAACAAGAGGGGCCUUACAGUUGCCGCUUGAUGUGUUUGGUAUGGUUGCCAUUCGCGACCCAGUUGAUCACAAUCGCAAUAUUAUCUUCCACCGCAAAAGAGAGAACUGCCAAACCCUCACCGAAAAGGAUCCAUAUUUGGUACUGGCAGGUCCUACCCGUGCUGUUAUGUUUGCAUUGAAUCCUGCGAUCAUCGAGGUCGACCUUCAAAUAAAGGGUGCUACCGAGUCUGAGGAUGAGCAGCUGAGCUUCCUAGUUUCGCCAUUAAGACGCUUUGACACCAGAUAUUCGCACCUAUUCAACUGUUCUUACACUAGCAAGCUUAGCACACUGGAGUUUAAGCUUGGCCACAUUGCUUUCUCUGUGGAGGCCACAAUAUUUGUGCGUGUUGUUCGUGGGUCAUGGCCAGAUUGUUAUCGUGGUCAAUUCAAUGCCUUCACUACUGGUUUCACUGACAGAUGCCCCAUGCCUGUUGGCAACAAACUCUCCACUGGAACUGGUCGUGAGACAAUCCUCUUGCUUGAUUCUGGAGGUGAGAAAUUGCCUGUUGAUGGCGAUAGCAAGAUCAAAUUUUCAAGGCGUGUUGUUUCUGUUGAAUGUGUUGGGAAGGUCACAAUUAAGGUCAAUGUAUUGGAAGGUGAAACUGAAAUUGUGGAAAAAGCAGCUAGUUUUGACGCAUUAGAAGCUGGUAAAAGUGUUGAUUGGAUUGAUGUUACCUUCUGUAAAAUGGAAGUCACCGUUUUCUGGUCGUCCAUUUCAUGUUAUCCUAUGUGAGAAGCUGACAAUUGGGAAGGCGACAGCAGUGCUGUGUAAGAUUAAUUGGUUUAUUUGCCUUGGGAAGCCGAUGGUACCAAUGCAUUCCACUGCUGUGGAUGCGCUUUUGGAAGUAAUAUUUAUUAGUCGUGGCUUGUAAGUUAAUGCCUGGAUUUGUUUGUAGCCGCUAAUGCGGAUAAAUAUGGAUCUCCCUGUAUUAAUGAACUUUAUUUCAUUUAUUCCGUAA